AUGUGUAUACCAGUGUUUACUACUACUACUACUACUACUACUACUACUACUACUACUACUACUACUACUACUACUACUACUACUACUACUACUACCAUUACUACUACUACUACUACUACUACCAUUACUACUACUACUACUACUACUACCACUACUACUACUACUACUACUACUACUACUACUACUACUACCACUACUACUACUACUACUACUAUCAUCAUAAAUUACAAACAGAAUGUAUAA